UAGUUGCAGGGCACUAUGGGAAAGAAGGUGAAAGGUCAUAACAUAUUUUGGGAUGUAAAGAAGUCCGUUCCUACAUGGCAGUACAACAAGUCUGCGACUGAACUGAAGUCUCUGAUGGCGAAACGAAUCCAGGAGGUUGUGGGGGACCUCAAGGGGAAGCUCCAACACUGGGACGUCAACAACGAGAACCUACACGGAGACUUCUACGAGCAGAAACUCAAAGAUCCCAACAUCACUAUGUGGAUGUUCAGGGAGACGCACAAAGCUGAUCCAGCGGUCAAACUCUUCCUCAACGACUACAACAUCGUCAACAGCCAUUACGACACAUUCGCGUACCUGGACCAGGCAACGACUUUCAGGAAGUCUGGAGUUCCUGUUGGUGGUAUUGGAAUACAGAGUCAUAUGACGCCACCAGUUGACCUUGCUGCUGUCAAGUUCCGUCUGGACCAGGUGGCCAAGGCAGGUCUUCCCAUCAUGAUCACAGAGCUGGAUGUGGACACAGCGGACGAGCAGGAGAAGGCUCGUAUCUACGAGGACCUCUACCGCCUGUACUACAGUCAUCCCGCCGUUGAGGGAGUCGUGCAGUGGCACUUCUGGAGUGGGAGGACUUGGAAGCCUGAGGCGGUGCUGGCGGAGGGAACAAAUAUCACUCCGAACGCUGCAGGCAGGAUAGUUCGCCAACUCGUAUGGGGAGACUGGAGGACCAAUCAGACACUCCCGAUAUCACGUGACCGCGAUUUGCACGUGCGGGCCUUCAAGGGAGAGUACAAGCUGAGAGUGAAGCAUAAUGGGAAGGUUAUCCGCGAGGAGGACUUCACCCUGGGGCAGGCGGGUGUGGAUCUGACGGUGUCUCUUAGCGGAUCAGGAACACGUCCCCAGGUGUCCCAAGUGAUAAUUGGGUAAACACCUGCACAGGUGUCCUGCUCGUCAUCUCACUGGUACUGUCAUCCCUCAGUGAUGUGAUUCCCUGAAUAAACACAUUUACAGUA